AUGGGGGUGCGUGUAGUGGCCUUCUCGCUCAAGGACAACAGUGAGCACGAUGAAUAUGAAAUAUCUGAUCAUCUGAGAAAAUAUGGGUGGAUUGUUCCAGCCUAUACAAUGGCUCCAGAUGCUCAGCACGUUACACUUCUGCGUGUUGUGGUGAGAGAGGACUUCAACCGAACGCUGGCAGAUGUUGACAGAGUAUCGAAGGAAUUGGAAGAGCUUCCUCCUAAGAUAAUUCAUGCAGUUCAAGGCGUCGCAAUUUUACUAUUGGUCGGAGAAGAAGAAGAAGCAACAACAGUUUAUUGGUCGGAGAAGAAGAAGAAGCAACAACAGUUGGGAGGUUUGGCACAGUUAAGCUAG